CUCCUCUACUCAUUCACUAGCUUAGCUAAGUCCCUAGCUGGAGCCGAGUGAAGCACGCUCCAAUACAGAGCAUAGCAGAGGCCAGCCGGAGAUAGAGAGAGCAACAGAAAACUCUGCACCCUCCUCGCCAUUAAACACUCCUGCUCCUGAUCCUGCUCGCGCUCGCCUCCUCCCUCCUUCUCACUCCUCCCUUCCACAUCAAGGACGACACCGCCGGUCUCUCUCCCAUGUGCAUUAGCGGUGCGCCGGAGCGGCGGCAACCGGGGCUGGCCGUGAUCCCAUGAAGGACGGGAGGGGAAGGAGAUCGAUCAUAGGCCGGUAGUGUGGGAAGGGGAUCAAGCUUUCACCCAUGUACAAGAACCAGCUGCAGGAGCUGGCGCAGAGGAGCUGCUUCGGCCUCCCGGCGUACGUGUGCACCCGCGAGGGCCCCGACCAUGCGCCCAGCUUCAAGGCCACCGUCACCUUCAACGGCGAGACCUUCCACGGCCCCACCUGCUGCACCACGCUCCGCCAGGCCGAGCACGCCGCCGCCGAGGCCGCGCUCGCGCUCCUCUCCCUCCGCGGGCCAUCCACCUCCCUCACCGCCACCAUCCUCGACGAGACCGGGGUGUACAAGAACCUGCUGCAGGAGACGGCGCACCGGGCCGGGCUGAAGCUACCAGCGUACACCACCGUCCGCUCCGGCCCCGGGCACUCGCCGGUGUUCGCAUCCACGGUGGAGCUUGCCGGCCUCUGCUUCGCGGGCGACGCCGCCAGGACCAAGAAGCAGGCGGAGAAGAACGCCGCCAUGGCCGCCUGGUCAUCCUUAAAACAUAUGCCGGAGGCGGCGCGCAAGGAGCCCGGCACCGGCGGCGAGGAGCCGGAGCAGGAGCACGUGGCCGUCGCCAGAGUGCUCGCCGCCCUGCGCGCGCGAGGCGACUGCGGCGUCGGCAGCGUCAGGGAGGUGCCGCCUCUACCGAAGCAGCAUUGCGUGGCCGGCUCUUCUUCUUCUUCCUCUGCUCUGAACCCGACGCUGUACAGACACCAGUGGCAGCGGCCUCUGACCUCCCCUGCCACCCAGCUGCGGACGCGGCACGCUCAGCCGCCGCCGGCCGGACCAAGGAUACUGCCUCCCCUGCACCUGCUACAGCGACCGGCGCCGCCCACCACCUCCCGGCACACCGCCGAUCUGGACCGAGACAGGAGGAUCAAUGCGGCCGAGCUGGUGCGGAUGCUGGAGAGGGCCACGGUGACUGACAGGGCAGAUGCAAUGCCGUCGGCGCCGUGGUACUACCCGCAUGCCUCGUCGGCGUACCAGCACACCGGCUCCAUCGGCGCGGGCGGGUUCCACUCGCCGGCGAUGGCCGUGAGUGUGCGGUCGGUGAUCCCCGUCUGCUCCGCGCCGCCGUCGCCACCGCAGCCGCGGACAGCGGCGGCCAAGGAUGAGCAGGGGAGCCGGAAUGGCCCGGCACAACCUGACGCAGCACUAGGCACAAAAGGCUGUGACGAGCUCGGCUUUGGAAGAUCGUAGAGGGGAAAUUAAGUAGUAGCUGUAUGAUCAGCCUGGUUCUAGCAGGGAAAUUUUGAUCGCAGUUUCUCUGUCUAAAUUUGUGCAAGUGAUCGGCCACCGUUUGCUCUCCGGAUGAUCAAAUCGUUAAAUGGAUCGAUGGACAUAUGAAUAUAGUUGUAGGGCUUUCACUCGAAGCCAAUGAUCCUGUGUGACUGUCAACUAGCUCAUCAAUGGCUCUUGGCUGUGCUUACACAUGCAUGUUAUUGCUUGAUCACUC